AUGAACAAGCCAAUACUUGAGAUCAAGCUACCACGGACAAAGAAGCGGGUGGCGAAAGGUGAGGCAAGCAAUGAUGAGUUGAGCAAAGCGCCACGCAAGAGACAGAAGCAGUCGGCGGCUCCAAAGACCAGCAAAGCCAGUAGAUUCGGACUGUAUGAUCACGACUCAAUAUUGCCCCAGUCCAAGAAGCUAAUCGCUUACAGUAGUGGUGUUCAGAACACAUAUCCUAAGGCACAUCUUCUUGGCAUUCCCACUGAAGUUCGAGAGAUCAUCUUGACACACCUAUUCGGAAAUAAAUGCAUUCAUUUGAAGCACAAGGCGGUCCUCGGUAGCCGUGAAUGGGAUGGAGGGAAGCCUAGUAAAGACGGGCGUUUCCGCCUUGCUAUAUGCAAACUAGAGUCGUCCAAAGCAAAAGACUUUGUGCAAGCAGCCACCAUUGGUACUGGAAGUCGACACCCAUCUAUGACAUGCCACCGAAAUUGUGCACGGAAUUGGCAGGUAAAAUCUCAAGAGCUAGACUUAGCCUGCCUAAGCACGUGCCGCAAGCUCUACGCUGAGGCUCACAGUCUCUUGUGGGCGAGAAAUACGUUCGUAUUCGACAAUCGCUUUACUCUCUCAAAAUUCGUCAGCAGCCUGACCACCGGACAAAGGCGAAGUCUCGAAAGAAUUCAUAUUAUAGCGGAUAUGACUUGGUCAUGGAAGAGAUUUCCGUAUCAAGGCCAGCGGAGCCGAAAGACAGUUGCUGCAGCUACAGUGAAUGCCUUGAAGGGCUUGAAACGUCUAGAACUGGACAUGAGCUACGGAUGCCUGUUCCCCUAUUCAUCCAACAAUGAAGUGCACGUCGCUCGUGUAGCAACUGAAUGCCUGCUGCCAUUCAAAGCUGUUGAUCUCGCGGAAGUCAUUAUCCACAUGCAACGAUAUAGAUUAUACAGGGAUGAGACACGUCCAAUACCCUCGGAAAUCUCAAGCUACGUACAGGACUUGCAUGCUGCACUUUUAGCUCCCGCUGGAGGAGCAAAGGCGAAGAAAGGCGGGAAUAAGCAGUUGAAUUGA